GUGGCCUCAGAUGGUACCAAAGCGCCAAUCGUUGUAGAGUUCAAGCAGAGGAGAGAAGUCUGCCCUGAGUGACUUCGUGGUUGCCAAAACUGUCAAUUGAAGAAAACCACACAACCUAAAAGUUACAAGUUGAGUUUUAUUCGUGGAUCUUACUGAAGACUAUAGCUGGGAGAGAGCCUUUCAAGUAGCUCUGAGAAGCAGCUCCUGCAACCGCCAACAGUGACUACAGUUGAAACUCUUACACGAGGUACAAAGAGCUCUUCAUGAUGACGGACGACUAUGUGUGGUUUGAAGGGAUAGCUUUCCCGUCCACAGGUUACUCACCUGAACUCUUGAGAGACGUGUGGGAGAAUUUUGUGUUUAAAGAUGAGGACGUCAUAUUGCUGACUUACCCCAAAUCAGGAACGAACUGGUUGAUUGAAACAGUCUGCCUGAUUCAUACCAAAGGGGAUACCAAGUGGAUCCAAUCUGUGCCCAUAUGGGAACGCUCACCCUGGGUAGAGACUUUCUCUGGAUAUGAUGUAAUAAAGGAUAAGGAAGGCCCACGACUCAUCAGUUCCCACCUCCCCAUCCAACUCUUCCCCAAGUCUUUCUUCAGUUCCAAGGCCAAGGUGAUUUAUCUCAUCAGGAACCCCAAAGAUACUUUGGUGUCUGGUUACUUUUUCUGGCGUACUGCAACAUUUGUUAAGAAGCCAGAGUCGCUGGAACAAUAUUUUGAAUGGUUCAUGCAAGGAAAUGUGAUAUACGGAUCAUGGUUUGACCACACUCGUGGCUGGAUGUCCAUGAGAGAGAAGGAGAACUUCCUGAUACUGAGCUACGAAGAGAUGAAACGGGACACGAGAAGCACUGUGGAGAAGAUCUGCCAAUUCCUGGGCAAGAAACUAGAGCCGGAAGAACUAGACUCCGUCCUCAAGAACAGCUCCUUCCAGGCCAUGAAGGAGAACAAAAUGUCCAAUUUUUCCCUCCUGAGGGGUUUGCAUUUAACGGAGAAUGCAAGUCUUUUGAGAAAAGGCAUUUCUGGGGACUGGAAAAAUUACUUCACAGUGGCCCAAGCUGAAGCCUUUGACAAAGCAUUCCAGGAGAAAUUGGGAGAUCUUCCUCCAGAGCUGUUCCCAUGGAAAUAACGUUCAGAAGCUUCUGGACCUUACAUGCAUAUUGAUCUUUGUUCUCCUGUCCAUGUACAUGUGAAUGAGUGGGGAUAAUUGCAUAAAACUUGUUAUUUCAUCCUGGAGCCUUGAAUUAUCAAAUCUCUGCAUCCUUGAUGACUUGACUGUUGAAAGUUAACAGGGUACCCCUAAAAAAAUUAUCAGGGUACCCCUAAUUCACUUUGUGGCAUCCCAUAUUUUUUUAAAUGUUUGUUUCAUAUAUACAGAAUGAUACAGAAAUAACAUAAAUGUUACCGAAAAUUAUGUCAAUAUUUUUAUUAAAAUGAGAAAUAAAAUUAUGGAGCAGUGGAGGCGGCUUCUCUUUCCAUUACCUGUAUCUGUAUGACAUUAUUAUAAUGAUUAUUAUUAUUAUAGAGUAUAUAAUUCCCAAUCAAGCAUUAUUCUCUUACUGUGUGGCAUCUGACUGUAAACAACAUACUGUAUUUAUGGAAGCUUUUAAAACUUAGAAAAAUGGCCUACUGUAUAAUGCAUUCAUCAACUUACAUUUCCACUCAGUGUUUUAUAUUUGGGUGUCAUUGCAUGUUGAUUAUAAAACUAGUUCAUUAUUUAGUAUUGAGAUUUAUAAUUUAGUUACCCAUUCUUCUGCAGAUGAAUUUGGAGAUCUUCCCCACCAAUUUUCCCUGUUAAAAACACUGCUUCAGCCUAACAGAUGGUCUAUCCUAGAGCAUGUUUAACAGAUAAGUGGAUCAAGAAAAUGUGGUAUAUACAAACAUUGGGGUAUUACUGAGUCUUAAAGAAGAAAGAAAUUCUGCCUUUUGUAACAACAUGGAUGAACCUGGAAGAUAUUAAGCUAAGUAAAAUAAGCCAGAUUGGACUGCUUCUUUUCAUCCUACUGGAUAAGAUAAGGGAGCAGGUCCUGGGAUGGACUUCUCUUUUUAAGCUACCUCAGCCUCCAGAUAAGUACAAUCUUGUUCCCAGCCCUGGACAGCAGAAGGGGCAUGCUGCCUUGUCUCACCUGCUGUUUCUGUUUCUUUUGAUGCAAAGACAAGACCUCUUUUUGGUCCAGGGGAUCCUCCCAGAGGAAGCAACAUAAGAACUGCCCAUGCUUGUGUAUUCCAUUUGGCUCUGGGCAUGGGUCUCUUGGAAAUAUGGGCUUGCUGUGUUGGGAAGCAUAGAGUUCUGUCUUGGACAAAACGAUUGCAGUGUGACUUUUUUCUAUGCCCAUGCUGUAUUGAAGUAAUGGGGACUGGGUUGUGUUGCAAAUAAAUCAUUUGCUUGUUGUUGUUUUUUU